GGAUUAACAAUCCAUCUGCCGAACCAUGGAGAACCAGGCAGCCGAACCGCCAGCCUACGAUGAUGUUCGGAAAAGCGGCUAUCUCCGUAAACAGAAAUCCAUGCACCGGCGAUACUUCGUCCUGCGAACAGCCUCAGAGCGUGGCCCGGCCCGACUCGAAUAUUAUGAAAGUGAGAAGAAAUUUCGUGGAAAAGCGCCCGUUCCCAAGAAAGCACUGGCUCUGGAGACGUGCUUCAACAUCAACAAACGGGCCGACUCAAAGAACAAACACAUGAUCGUUCUGUACACCCGGGCCGAGAGCUUCGCGGUUGCGGCGGACAACGAGGCUGACCAGGACGAAUGGUAUCAAGCGAUGGUAGACCUCCAGUGCAAAAGUAAAGCACUAUGUGAUGGUAAUGCUGGAGACUAUGGAGUGCCCACCCCAGGACCUGCAUUUAAGGAGGUCUGGCAAGUUAAGGUUUGGCCCAAAGGCCUGGGCCAGGCCAAAAAUCUAGUGGGCAUCUAUCGCCUCUGCCUAACAGAUAAGACCGUCAACUUUGUCAAGCUCAACUCAGAUGCAGCAGCUGUUGUAUUGCAGCUGAUGAAUGUGAGGCGUUGUGGCCACUCAGAGAAUUUCUUCUUUGUGGAGGUGGGCAGAUCGGCAGUAACGGGCCCUGGAGAGUUCUGGAUGCAGGUGGAGGACUCAGUUGUGGCACAGAACAUGCAUGAGACGCUACUUGAAGCCAUGAAGGCACUUAGUGAAGAGUUUCGCCAACGCACUAAGUCACAGUCUGCUACAGCAGGAGGAGGGGGAGGUGCUACUGCAUCUAAUCCAAUCAGUGUUCCAUCUCGCCGUCACCAUCCCAACCCUCCACCCAGCCAGGUGGGGUUCAUGAGACGACCACGCACAGAGCCACCAGGGAGCAAUGGAGGAGGAGGUGGUAGUAGCAACAACGCAUCCCCUACACCUCGGCAUGGCUUUCCCAGGGCCCGUACUGCCAGUGAUGGAGGAAAAGUAGAGGAGGGAGUAAGUGUGGGGUCAGGGGGCGUGGCAUCCAGUUCAAGUCCCACCACAAACGGGUCCUGCUCCAGCACGCCGAUCCUCAGGUCUACGUCUGUGCGUGCUGCAACUCCAGUUAAGGCUCAGCAUGCUUUGACGAGGUCUGUCUCCACCCCAGCCCCCUCACCUGGCCAGAAUGUGUCCUCUAGCUCAGGCCAAGGGUCUGAGUAUGGCGGCAUAGGUGCUGGGACAGCUGGAGCUGGUGGGGGUGGAAAUGGGGGCACCUAUAGUCAAAUUCCUGUCUGCCAGCCCUCUGUUUCAGGUUCCCUCAGUGACUGUGGUUCCUCAGAUGAAUAUGGCUCCAGUCCAGGAGAGCACUCACUGCUGUCUCAGGGGGGGUCUGCUGGUAGUUCAGGUGGACAAUCUCUCGGUGAUGAAACAGCCAAUUACAUCCUCAUGGCCCAGAGAGGACCAUCCAAAUCACUGCCAUCACAGAACUCUUUGCCCCAGACCAGAAGGCUGCUACGACGCUCCUCUAGCCGUGAAUGUGAAGCUGAACGGAGGCUCAUGAGCAAAAGAGCCUCCUUGCCACCCAUGGCUCUGGAGAGGCUUGCUCCUCAUCGCAGAGGAAGAGAGGCAGAGGCAGAGGAAGAUGACUAUGCCAUCAUGUCUCGAAGCACCAGCCGCGAGUCUUUCAGCUCACGUCAAGACUCAGAAACGACUCCUGCUGGAACUGGGUAUCUAGAUAUAGCUACAGAAGCCAAAGGCGAAACAGGAAGUGGUGUGCCAGGUGGAUCAACUGGUAGUGGUAAUGGAGCAGUUGACAAUGGGUAUAUGUCCAUGUUGCCAGGAGUAACUGCUUCUCCGGUCUCCCUGUCUCACUCACUGUCCAUGUCAGUGUCAGACUCUGACUCUAAACCAACUGAUGACUACAUGGCCAUGACUCCCAACAACAGUAUCUCUCCACCUCAACAGAUCCGUUUCCCCACUGCUAGCACAGAUGGCUACAUGAUGAUGUCCCCCAACAGCAGCUGUUCUCCAGACCAGCGUGGAGUUCCAGCAGCCUGGGUUGGCAACAGCAGUGCAGACAGCAGAGCUGGCAGUGAUUAUAUGAACAUGUCACCUAUCAGUGUACGCUCUGCCAACAGCACGCCACCUCCUCAUGAGUCCCUCGCACCAUCCAACCAACACCCUCAGCAACCUCCUCCUAAAAUGGUAUAUUCAUACUACUCUCUACCCCGCUCAUAUAAACACAACACUCCUACCCAUUUUGAGGAUGGUCCUGGGAAAGGAAAGUGCCUGGGUACUGGCAGUGGAAACAGUAAUGGUCGAGGUCAUGGCAACAGUAGAAUCACCUCUCAGUGUCAAGAACUUAGGGUGGGACGGCAUCUGUCACUUUCUUCCUCAUCAUACUCGUCUAGUUCCGCCAGCAGUGAGAGUUUGGGAGAGGGUGAGGAGAAGCUCACCCAGGCUACACGGGCAGUGGCAGGGGCUCGUGUGAAGGAUGCUGGGGCCCUGCAGCACAGGCGGGGAGGGUCUGGGGCAGCCAAACAGGGACUGAGCCAGAGGAACCGGCCUCUCAGCCUGUUUGUGGAUGUCUCAAAGGCCAAUACCUUGCCCAGAGUCCGUGAAAGCCCACUCCCACCUGAGCCCAAAAGUCCAGGUGAGUAUGUCAGUAUUGAGUUCAAGAGUGAGAAAAGCAUCAAAGGGGGAGCCAAUGGAAUGAAAGGACUUAAGCAAGGUGGCUCUGUACCUCCAAGCUCUCUUCGCCCUUUACCCAGACCAUCAUCUUGUGUUGCUGGGUUCUUACCACUUUCUUGCAGCCCCUCUACCACUAUCGCUCCACCUUCUGCUUCAGAGUAUGUCAACAUGGAGCUGGGAGCCUCUCCAUCCCCUUCAUCUUCAGCCUUGUCUCUCACGCCACUUGGUUUCCCUUCUUUCCCUACUCCCCCAACUCCACCUGUGACAACGCCCAAAACUUGGGGUGAGAUGAGAUCAACCCCUCAGAACGAGGAAGAACCUGAAGCAGAAAUGGGGCAUAGUGGGCAUGUGUCAGUCUCUCAGUCGGGGGACUCUCCUGUAGAGUGUGCAGACUACACCGAAAUGGCCUUCGGUCUGAGUUCCAGCACCACUACCAGCUCCACCUCACCUAAAGCCACCUUGACUGACAGACCUGAAGCCAUAAGUCCCACCCUGGGCCUUAAUUUAGAUUUUCCACCAUCCAAAGGCCUCAACCCGGAUCAUGGGGCAAAGGUCAUCCGGGCAGACCCUCAAGGGCGCCGCCGUCACUGCUCAGAAACGUUUCUGCCUCCUUCCUCAUGCCCUGUGAGCUCCUCUACCUCCAUGUCCAUGUUUAGUGAGCACACCCAAGUCAUGGCACGCCGACUUGGGUUAGAUGGCAUGCUGUGGGGUAGCAGCACCACCCUUGACACCUCAUCUCAGUACGCCUCCAGCUCUGGGCUAAUUAGUCUACCUGCAACCCAGGCUUCAUCUGUGGAGCAAGGGCUCAACUACAUAGACUUAGACUUGGCAAACAAGGAGAGCCCACACCCCUCCAUAGAUGUGCAGACUGCUACCCAAACACCCGCAACGCGACACCUCUCGUCCGUUUUUGGUACUGGAGCUGCCGGAGGUGUUGGAGGAACAGUAGGUCCUAACAGCAGUGCUUCAAACCUCAACACCUAUGCUAGCAUUGACUUCUACAAGUCAGAGGAGCUGCGUUCACAUCAAGGCAGCAGUAGCAAAGAUGGUACAGAAUGUUGAUCUCUUGGCCUGGUACUUUGGAACUCUGGGAAACGAAGUCCAGGAGCCCCCCUGCACACUGCCAGUGCAACUGCCAGAACAGAAACUGGGAUAUGGCAGUGUGGCGUGUACACGCACAACAUCCAUGACGCCACUCAAGCACUUUUGAAAGAGACAAUUAAAAAAUCUCUGUUAAUAAAUCUCUGUUUUUAUUUUGACUUAUUGCAGCAACCAAUAGGAACAAGUGCCAAAAGAGUAGAGUGCAAGAACUCUCCCUGCUGCCUAGAUUGUUUUUUUCUGUAACAAGCAAGCACUGUAGCCAAUCAGAGGACAGUAAGAAGAAUGCUUGUUAGCCUGGAGCCAAUGAGAUCCAAGAUUCAGAUGCUUGGACAUUUGGAGUCAAAUAUUCACAAAAGGAUUCAAACAAACAAUGGCUGAACAAGAAGAUCACAGUACACAAUAUACAUAAUUGAAGAUCACAGUUCACAGUAUACAUAAUUUGCAAAAAGUGCCUAUUCUUUAUGAAAAAAAUACCUUGAUUUAACUGAAUAGCUGACUUAAGUUUUCAAAGAAAGGCUUUUAUUGCUUAGUGUUGGAAUUGAUGUAAAUAGAACUGAAGUGAAAGAUUGAAUGAUGAUAAUGAUGAAGAAGAUGUAAUAAUGAUCUUAAAGUAGUCUGUGAUGUGAUUUUUAGUUAAUUAGCAAAGCAGUCUUUCUGUAAGCCUCAAUAUUCCAAUCUGUUCCACUACUGACUGUCUUUCUGCUUAUUCUGUUCUUUGUCUUAUUCCUGUUUCUUUUUUCUUUUCUUGUCUUUAAAUGUUUCAGCUAUGCAGUAGUACUUCAGUGCCUGU